AUGACUUCAUCCGCUCUAACUUCUAACAUUCCCUUUGCUGAUCCAUCCUGGCACAAGGAUACAGCUCACCCAUACUACAAGGAUUCCCACCGAAAGCUGCAGCGCUUUAUCCGAGAGUAUAUCGACAGCGAGGUCACACCCAAUGCAGGAGAGUGGGAAGAACAAGGAUAUGUGCCUGAUGAGGCCUUCCAACGUCACGCGCAGCUAGGCUUCUUGGCUGCUGCAGUGUUCCCACUUCCGAAGGAUUGUCUUGAAGGGUUGACAUUGCCUGCGGGGAUUCCGGCUGACGAGUGGGACGAGUUCCAUGAUGCUAUUCUCAUCGACGAGAUCGCCCGCUGCGGAUACUUGGGUGUUGUCUGGGGAAUCAAUGGCGGAGCUACUACUGGCGGUGCACCCAUCGCCUCUUAUGGUACAUUUGAGCAGAAGCAGAAGUACUUGUCGCCGUUGUUGCGAGGACAGCAGAAGCACUGUCUCAUGGUGACGGAGCCAGAUGCCGGCUCGGAUGUGGCUGGUCUGACCACCACGGCGGAAAAGUCCAAGGAUGGCAAAAGCUGGGUUAUUAACGGAGAGAAGAAGUGGAUCACGCAGGGGCAGUUGGCUACACACGCUCUCUGUGCUGCUCGAACCGGUUCGCCAGGUGCUAAAGGUAUCACUGUUUUCAUCCUCGAUAUGAAGAUGCCGGGAAUCACAGGAAAGAAGAUGUACAACUCGGGUGUCAGCAGCAGCGGCUCGACGUUCAUUGACCUGCAGGACGUUGUGGUUCCUGUAGAGAAUAUCCUCGGCAAGGAAAACCAAGGGUUUGAGAUUAUCAUGUCCACUUUUACCCACGAGCGCUUGUGGGUUGGAAUUACUGCACUGCGUCUGGGUCGUGUCGCUCUGGAAGACAGCUACCGACAUGCGCUACGACGCGAGACCUUCGGCAAGAAAUUGUUCGAGAACCAGGCAGUUAGGCUCAAGUUCAGUAAGAUGGCGGGGCUAAUUGAACCUGUCCAUUGUUUGAUGGAAGAUAUCGUACACCGAUCGACACGCACUGCGGCCCUUGCCUUCUCGCCGUGGACUGCACUGCUUAAAUUCCAGGCUGCACAUAAUCUCGAGAGCAUCUCUCGCGAAGCACAGCAGGUCUUUGGUGGGUUGGGAUACUCUAGGGGUGGACUUGGUGGGAGAGUCGAGCAGAUUAGUCGAGAUGUCCGUGUUCUGGUCGUUUCUGGAGGAAGUGAGGAGAUCCUCAUGGAUAUGAUUGCGAAACAGCAGAAAAAGCUGGCGAAGCUGUAG